GAAAGUUCUCAUGAAUUGAAGGUGAAAGUGGAAUCACAUAAAGAAGAAAGAGACUUCCAAAUAUUGUCUUCCUCUGGAGCAGUUUAUGCAUCAGGACAAAUCAGAACGAACCCAGAAAUCUCUCUUGAAGAAAAGAGCAUUUCCUAUCAUGAUAUUUUUCAACGAUGUAAAUCUUUUGUUAGCAAAGAAGAGAUAUAUGAAACACUGUCUUUUACUGGAUUUGAAUAUGGGACAGCCUUUAAGCAGUUAGGUGAUGUGUUUUAUUGUGAAGAACUGAAGGAAGCCAUUAGUACCAUAAAGGUAACAAAACUGAUCGCAGAGGAAAUGCACGAGUAUCACAUCCAUCCAGUUCUCCUAGAUUGUUUUCUACAAAUGAUAGUUGUUCCAGCAAGAAAGACCUUCAGAAACCGUGUUGGUAUUCCUUCUGGAAUAAACAGCCUUGUAGUUGCUCAACCUUUAGAAGAGGAGAUGAUGAUAUAUAUGAAAUCAAGCAAGUCCGCUGACAAUUACUUAGAAUGUUGUGGAUGUUUUACCAAUAAACAUGGCUCUGUUCUGGUAGAGAUAAAACGUGUUAGGAUAACUUUUGUGAAUGAAACUUCCAUGAGGGAAAAUGAUCUACUCUUUGAAAAUAGUUGGAAAGAGAAAAUCCUUUCCCAAGCUAUCCAAAACUCAAGAGAAGCCUGUAGAUUUGCAGUGUUUGCUGAUGAAAUUGGAGUAUCUCAUCAUCUCAAAAAAUACCUCCAUAAAGAUUCCAAAUUUUUAAUCUAUGAAGACUGGGAGAAAUUACUGGGAUCGCAAAGCCCAGAACUGGCUGCAAAGAACAAAAUUAAGCAAGAGGUACAAGAUUACAAUGAUGUUUUGUUCAUGUGGGGAAUUGAAAGACUGAAUGAAGAAAAUGCAGACAUUGUUAUUAGAAGUUUAUCAAAGUGCUGUGAAGCUUUUCGACAACUUAUUAUUGCACUGAGAGAAAAGACGAGUCGUUGCUCUAUCAGGUUAAUCACUUACAGGACAACAGAUAGGAUUGUAGACCAUAUUAAUCCUGGUUUUGCUUUGUGUGGCAUGGCACGAUCCUGCAUGGCAGAAGCUACUGAAAUUGCAUUUCAGAUUAUUGAUAUCAGCUCGACAAGAACGAUGGACAUCUCAGCUUUAGCAGAUGUUUUAGUAGAUUCUGAAGUAAAGAACUACCCUGAGAUAUGGAUUAAUGAGGGAAGAAUUUAUAUUUCAGAAAUUAGGCAUAGCCAGGGCAAUGAUACAUCCUACAUUCACCCUUUGCAGUCUUUUGAAAACCCUGGGGAGUUUACUCUUUAUACUUCUGAGCCAUAUGAAGCCAGAGAUGUAUUUGCAGAGUUGAGUGACAACGCUAACACUCCCCUUGAUAAUGACAGUGUUGAAGUGGAAAUUGAAAAGAUAGGCAUCCAUUCUGAGGACUAUUAUCCUGUUAGUGUUACCAGUCGUAAUUUUGGAAAUGCAUUAUAUUGGAGUUCAGAAACGAGUGAUAAACACAAGCUCUUAGCAUUGGAUUGGGCAGGAAAAGUCACAGCAAUUGGCAGAAAUGUGGAAAAAGUCAAAGUGGGGGAUCGGAUAGCUUCAUGUUAUCCAGUGGUUGCAUCUUCCAAAGCCAGGGUCCCAGAAACAGUCUGCUUCAACACCCACAAAUGGCCAUGCUUUGAAAAUGUCCCUUGUGUGUCCCUCUUCAAAAUUACAUGGGAAAUCCUGCAUCAGAUUUUACCGAAGGUGAAGCGCAAUGGAUUUUUAGGGAUAAUUUCUGCUGAACCAGAAUCAGUGUUGUGCAAAGUACUGGGAAUCUCAGCUCAGGAAGCAGGC